AUGAGGAACGAUCGAGGGGAUAGCGCUCUGCAUGUUGCUGCUUCCAGGGGUUUCACAAAGAUAUGUGAGUUCAUCGUAGGAGAGAAUCGGGAGAGGACUGACUUAGUGAAACUCAAAAACAAAGAAGGAGAGACUCCUCUCUUUCAAGCCGCUCUCAACUGUAAGAAACCGGCAUUUGCUUAUCUUUCUAAGCUUUCUGACCACAGCGCCCCCUUACAAGAUCUUGUGCGACACAACGGUGACAGUAUUCUUCAUUGUGCCAUCAGGAGAGAGUAUUUCGAUUUGGCUGUGAUAAUAUUGCAUUACUAUGAUUUCCUUAGCAUACAUUUGAAUAAAAAGGGAUUUACUCCUCUUAAAGUCCUUGCAACUAGGCCCUCGGCUUUCAGAAGUGCUACCAAACUUUCAUGGUGGAAGCAAAUCCUGUACUACUGUAUCCUUGUGGAACCAGUGAACCCUGAAAGACAAAUGAAUAAGAUUUUGAAAAAGAUGGAGAAGAAAUCAAAUGACGAAAAUUGUAGUCAUCCAGAUAACAAAAAAUGUAGUUAUCCAGAAAACUAUACUACAUUAUGUGAAUUCAUUGCUGGAUUCAAAAGUCUUGGUCUUCUAACUGGUAACGGGUUCUAUACUAACUAGUUUGUUUUUUUCUUAAUUAUGGAGACUAGUUUCUUAAUACUCAAUCUAUUUCUUGCACAUUUUCCUUUNGCAAGANAAUUUUUUUACUCAAANAAANCAGCAAGACUCAGAAAACCCAUCAAUUAAGNAGNGNAAAAUCGUAUCUGAAGCUGNUGGGGUUGGAUUUUUGCCACCAAAUUAUGAAACCAGUCNACAAUUUCUGAGGNCUGCAUAUGUACAUACUCUUGGGCUCACAGGAGUAGGUAUGUCGCGUUAAUUUCUUCAUCUAUGGCUUUUAAUUAAU